CCGGCAGGGUCUGAGCACCUAGGUGCAGGCGGCGCAGGGUUUUUGUAGUGAGGUUUGCGCCUGCGCAGCGCGCCUGCCUCCGCGAUGCAUGGGGGUGGCCCCCCCUCCGGGGACAGCGCAUGCCCGCUGCGCACCAUCAAGAGAGUGCAGUUCGGAGUCCUCAGUCCGGAUGAACUGAAACGAAUGUCUGUGACAGAGGGCGGCAUCAAAUACCCAGAGACCACCGAGGGAGGCCGCCCCAAGCUUGGGGGGCUGAUGGAUCCGAGGCAGGGGGUGAUUGAGAGGACUGGCCGGUGCCAGACCUGUGCAGGAAACAUGACAGAGUGUCCUGGCCACUUUGGCCACAUUGAGCUGGCCAAACCCGUGUUCCAUGUCGGCUUCCUGGUCAAGACGAUGAAAGUUUUGCGCUGCGUCUGCUUCUUCUGCUCCAAAUUGCUUGUGGACUCUAACAACCCGAAGAUCAAGGACAUUUUGGCUAAGUCCAAGGGGCAGCCCAAGAAGCGGCUCACACACGUCUAUGACCUCUGCAAGGGCAAAAACAUCUGCGAGGGCGGGGAGGAGAUGGACAACAAGUUCGGCGUGGAGCAGCCUGAGGGCGAUGAGGAUUUGACCAAAGAAAAGGGCCACGGCGGCUGUGGGCGGUACCAGCCCAGGAUCCGGCGCUCCGGCCUGGAGCUGUAUGCAGAGUGGAAGCACGUCAACGAGGACUCUCAGGAGAAGAAGAUCCUGCUGAGUCCUGAGCGGGUGCACGAGAUCUUCAAACGCAUCUCAGAUGAGGAGUGCUUCGUCCUGGGCAUGGAGCCUCGCUACGCCCGGCCCGAGUGGAUGAUUGUCACUGUGCUGCCCGUGCCCCCGCUCUCUGUGCGGCCCGCCGUUGUGAUGCAGGGCUCUGCCCGCAACCAGGAUGACCUGACACACAAGCUGGCCGACAUCGUGAAGAUCAACAAUCAGCUUCGGCGCAACGAGCAGAACGGCGCAGCCGCGCAUGUCAUCGCUGAGGACGUGAAGCUCCUCCAGUUUCACGUGGCCACCAUGGUGGACAACGAGCUGCCUGGCUUGCCUCGUGCCAUGCAGAAGUCUGGGCGUCCCCUCAAGUCCCUGAAGCAGCGGUUGAAGGGCAAGGAAGGCCGUGUGCGCGGGAACCUGAUGGGCAAGCGGGUGGACUUCUCGGCCCGCACUGUCAUCACCCCCGACCCCAACCUCUCCAUUGACCAGGUUGGCGUGCCUCGCUCCAUUGCCGCCAACAUGACCUUUGCGGAGAUCGUCACCCCCUUCAACAUUGACAGACUUCAGGAACUAGUGCGCAGGGGGAACAGCCAGUACCCAGGGGCCAAGUACAUCAUCCGGGACAACGGUGAUCGCAUUGACCUGCGUUUCCACCCCAAGCCCAGUGACCUUCACCUGCAGACUGGCUAUAAGGUGGAACGGCACAUGUGCGAUGGGGACAUUGUUAUCUUCAACCGGCAGCCAACUUUGCACAAAAUGUCCAUGAUGGGACAUCGGGUUCGCAUCCUGCCCUGGUCUACUUUUCGCUUGAAUCUUAGUGUGACAACUCCAUACAAUGCCGAUUUUGAUGGGGAUGAGAUGAACUUGCACCUGCCACAGUCCCUGGAGACGCGGGCUGAGAUCCAGGAGCUCGCCAUGGUGCCACGCAUGAUUGUCACCCCCCAGAGCAAUCGCCCAGUUAUGGGCAUUGUGCAGGACACGCUGACCGCAGUGCGCAAAUUCACCAAGAGGGACGUUUUCCUGGAGCGGGGGGAGGUGAUGAACCUCCUGAUGUUCCUGUCCACGUGGGACGGCAAGGUCCCACAGCCAGCCAUCCUGAAGCCCCGGCCCCUGUGGACAGGGAAGCAGAUCUUCUCCCUCAUCAUACCCGGCCACAUCAACUGUAUCCGCACCCACAGCACCCAUCCCGACGAUGAGGAUAGUGGCCCUUACAAGCACAUCUCUCCUGGGGACACCAAGGUGGUGGUGGAGAACGGGGAGCUGAUCAUGGGCAUCCUGUGUAAGAAGUCUUUGGGCACAUCAGCUGGCUCCCUGGUCCACAUCUCUUACCUAGAGAUGGGUCAUGACAUCACCCGCCUCUUCUACUCCAACAUUCAGACUGUCAUUAACAACUGGCUCCUCAUUGAGGGUCAUACCAUUGGCAUCGGGGACUCCAUUGCUGAUUCUAAGACUUACCAAGACAUUCAGAACACUAUUAAGAAGGCCAAGCAGGAUGUAAUAGAGGUCAUCGAGAAGGCCCAUAACAACGAGCUGGAGCCCACCCCGGGCAACACUCUGCGGCAGACCUUUGAGAACCAGGUGAACCGCAUUCUCAACGAUGCCCGAGACAAGACUGGCUCCUCUGCCCAGAAAUCCCUGUCUGAAUACAACAACUUUAAGUCAAUGGUUGUGUCCGGGGCUAAAGGUUCCAAGAUCAACAUCUCCCAGGUCAUUGCUGUCGUCGGGCAGCAGAACGUGGAGGGCAAGCGGAUCCCGUUUGGGUUCAAGCACCGGACUCUGCCUCACUUCAUCAAAGAUGACUAUGGGCCUGAGAGCCGUGGCUUUGUGGAGAACUCCUACCUGGCCGGCCUCACGCCCACCGAGUUCUUCUUCCAUGCCAUGGGGGGUCGUGAGGGGCUCAUCGACACAGCUGUCAAGACUGCUGAGACUGGGUACAUCCAGCGGCGGCUGAUCAAAUCCAUGGAGUCGGUGAUGGUGAAGUAUGAUGCCACCGUGCGGAACUCCAUCAAUCAGGUGGUACAGCUGCGCUAUGGCGAAGACGGCCUGGCGGGCGAGAGCGUUGAGUUCCAGAACCUGGCUACCCUCAAGCCUUCCAACAAGGCUUUCGAGAAGAAGUUCCGCUUUGAUUAUACCAAUGAGAGGGCCCUGCGGCGCACCCUGCAGGAGGACGUGGUGAAGGACGUGCUGAGCAACGCACACAUUCAGAACGAGCUGGAGCGAGAAUUUGAGCGGAUGCGUGAGGACCGGGAGGUGCUCAGGGUCAUCUUCCCAACUGGUGACAGCAAGGUUGUCCUCCCCUGUAACCUGCUGCGCAUGAUCUGGAACGCUCAGAAGAUCUUCCACAUCAACCCUCGCCUCCCCUCUGACCUGCACCCCAUCAAGGUGGUAGAGGGUGUCAAGGAGCUGAGCAAGAAGCUGGUGAUUGUGAAUGGGGACGACCCACUGAGCCGGCAGGCCCAGGAGAACGCCACCCUGCUCUUCAACAUCCACCUGCGGUCCACGCUGUGCUCCCGCCGCAUGGCUGAGGAGUUUCGGCUCAGCGGAGAGGCCUUCGACUGGCUGCUCGGAGAGAUCGAGUCCAAGUUCAACCAAGCCAUUGCCCAUCCUGGGGAAAUGGUGGGAGCUCUGGCUGCACAGUCCCUUGGAGAACCUGCCACCCAGAUGACCCUGAACACCUUCCACUAUGCUGGUGUGUCCGCCAAGAAUGUGACGCUGGGUGUGCCCCGACUUAAGGAGCUCAUCAACAUUUCCAAGAAGCCAAAGACCCCCUCACUUACUGUCUUCCUGCUGGGCCAGUCUGCUCGCGAUGCUGAGAGAGCCAAGGAUAUUCUGUGCCGCCUGGAACAUACAACGUUGAGGAAGGUGACUGCCAACACGGCCAUCUACUAUGACCCCAACCCGCAGAGCACGGUGGUGGCAGAGGAUCAGGAGUGGGUGAAUGUCUACUACGAGAUGCCUGACUUUGAUGUGGCCCGAAUCUCCCCCUGGCUUUUGCGGGUGGAGCUGGACCGGAAGCACAUGACUGAUCGGAAGCUGACAAUGGAGCAGAUUGCCGAAAAGAUCAACGCUGGUUUCGGUGAUGACUUGAAUUGCAUCUUUAACGAUGAUAAUGCAGAGAAGCUGGUGCUUCGUAUCCGCAUCAUGAACAGUGAUGAAAACAAGAUGCAAGAGGAAGAGGAGGUGGUGGACAAGAUGGAUGACGACGUCUUCCUGCGCUGCAUCGAGUCCAACAUGCUGACAGAUAUGACCCUGCAGGGCAUCGAGCAGAUCAGCAAGGUGUACAUGCACUUGCCGCAGACAGACAACAAGAAGAAGAUCAUCAUCACAGAGGACGGGGAGUUCAAGGCCUUGCAGGAGUGGAUCCUGGAGACGGAUGGCGUGAGCCUCAUGCGGGUGCUGAGCGAGAAGGACGUGGACCCUGUGCGCACCACGUCCAACGACAUCGUGGAGAUCUUCACAGUGCUGGGCAUAGAAGCCGUGCGGAAGGCCCUGGAGCGGGAGCUAUACCAUGUCAUCUCCUUCGAUGGUUCCUACGUCAAUUAUCGGCACUUGGCUCUCCUGUGUGAUACCAUGACCUGUCGUGGCCACUUGAUGGCCAUCACCCGACACGGAGUCAACCGCCAGGAUACCGGACCUCUCAUGAAGUGCUCCUUUGAGGAAACGGUGGAUGUGCUUAUGGAAGCAGCUGCACAUGGAGAGAGCGACCCCAUGAAGGGGGUGUCUGAGAACAUCAUGCUGGGCCAGCUGGCUCCAGCCGGCACUGGCUGUUUUGACCUCCUGCUCGAUGCAGAGAAGUGCAAGUAUGGCAUGGAGAUCCCCACCAACAUCCCUGGCUUGGGGGCUGCCGGACCCACCGGCAUGUUCUUCGGCUCGGCCCCCAGUCCCAUGGGAGGAAUUUCUCCAGCCAUGACACCCUGGAACCAGGGCGCAACCCCAGCCUACGGCGCCUGGUCCCCCAGUGUUGGGAGCGGGAUGACCCCGGGGGCAGCAGGCUUCUCUCCCAGUGCUGCUUCAGAUGCCAGUGGCUUCAGCCCUGGUUACUCCCCGGCCUGGUCUCCCACGCCGGGUUCCCCGGGCUCCCCUGGCCCCUCAAGCCCGUAUAUCCCCUCACCAGGGGGUGCCAUGUCUCCCAGCUACUCCCCAACGUCGCCUGCCUACGAGCCCCGCUCCCCUGGGGGCUACACGCCCCAGAGUCCCUCUUACUCCCCCACUUCACCCUCCUACUCCCCUACGUCUCCAUCCUAUUCUCCAACCAGCCCCAACUACAGCCCCACGUCACCCAGCUACUCCCCGACCUCGCCCAGCUACUCCCCGACCUCACCCAGCUACUCCCCGACCUCGCCCAGCUACUCCCCGACCUCGCCCAGCUACUCCCCGACCUCGCCCAGCUACUCGCCCACUUCCCCAAGCUACUCGCCCACAUCACCUAGCUACUCGCCCACCUCUCCCAGCUACUCGCCCACCUCACCCAGUUACUCGCCAACUUCACCCAGCUACUCGCCCACCUCACCCAGCUACUCGCCGACAUCUCCAAGCUAUUCGCCGACAUCACCAAGCUACUCACCAACUUCCCCAAGUUACUCACCCACCAGCCCUAACUAUUCUCCAACCAGUCCCAAUUACACCCCGACGUCACCCAGCUAUAGCCCAACAUCCCCCAGCUACUCACCGACUAGUCCCAACUACACACCAACGAGCCCCAACUACAGCCCAACCUCUCCAAGCUACUCUCCGACUUCACCCAGCUACUCCCCGACCUCACCAAGCUACUCCCCUUCGAGCCCACGAUACACACCACAGUCUCCCACCUAUACCCCGAGCUCACCCAGCUACAGCCCCAGCUCGCCCAGCUACAGCCCAACUUCGCCAAAGUACACCCCAACCAGUCCUUCCUACAGCCCCAGCUCACCGGAGUACACCCCGACCUCUCCCAAGUACUCACCUACCAGCCCGAAAUAUUCGCCCACUUCCCCCAAGUACUCUCCUACCAGCCCCACCUACUCGCCCACCACUCCAAAAUACUCACCGACAUCUCCUACUUACUCACCAACCUCUCCGGUCUACACCCCAACCUCCCCCAAGUAUUCACCCACUAGCCCCACCUACUCACCCACCUCCCCCAAGUACUCGCCCACCAGCCCCACCUACUCGCCCACUUCCCCCAAAGGCUCGACCUACUCGCCCACCUCCCCUGGCUACUCACCCACCAGCCCCACCUAUAGCCUCACCAGCCCAGCCAUCAGUCCCGAUGACAGUGAUGAGGAGAACUGAGGGUGAGCAGUGCGCAGUGGCACCCGGCUAGGUGAAGGGCGGCUUCAGCGUGUUCCGCAGUCCUCCCCUCCCCUGUGGGGUGCAGGCCCCGGUCCAGCUCCCUUGUACAUAGCUCCUUGUGACAAAGUUCCCUGUUGAGGUUCUGGUCCCAUUUCUGCCGGGGCUUUUGUCUUGUUCUCCACUUGUGCCGUCUCAGAACCCACUCGCCUGCAGUGGUGUUCUUCUUGCCCUACCUACCUGAGGCCUGUCCCCAGAUCCAGGAUCCUCCUUGCCUAUGGCUUGAUUCGGGGGGUAAAGGGUAUUUUAACUUUUUUGGGGUAAUUCCUGCUCUGGGUCGUUACAUCUGAUCCUCUGGAAGAACAAAGCGAAAGCUGCCUUUUGUUUGUUACUUUUUGAAGUUGAAAUAAAGUUUACUAAUUUUGACCAGAA